AUGAGGACGGCCGCGAUUCACAACCGGGGGGGACAGCUGUCGAGUCGUCAGCUAGGUACAUUCCGAACUUGCACCAUGCGUCAUGCCGCGGUAUCGCCAGGUUUCCAACGUUUCCUGUUUCGCUGUCACCGCCGGCCUGCAAUUCGUGCGGGUGCUUCUGCCAUGCAGUUUCAUCCCGUCUUGCGCUGUAAGGGUUACUGGACGGUUGCAUGUGACGAUGAAUUGAGAGCUGUUGAGGAUUUCCCCUUUCUGACUUUGGAGACCCGGCCACCACUGCAGUAUCCUUGCAAGGCCAAAUCACGGUUGCAAGCCACCUUUCAUUCAUGA